CUGCUCAGUACUCCCAUUCAUCUCCAUUUUCAUACAAACAAUGGAUUCAACUAACCCAGAAUCAUCACAAGUUAUUUAUGAUGUUCCAAUAUUUUUUAAAGUCUACAAAAAUGGCCGAAUCGAAAGGUAUCGAAAACAUGAUUUUUCCCCUCCUUCCAAUAAUUCCGUCACUGGUGUUCGAUCUAAAGAUAUCGUCAUCGUAUCGGAGAACAACGUUACGGUACGCCUUUACCUGCCAAAAAUAACCCAAAAUGACCAGAAAUUUCCACUCCUGGUGUAUUUCCAUGGAGGUGGAUUUGUGAUUGAAUCGGCAUUUUCUACUUACUAUGAUAGUUAUCUCCACUCUGUAGCUGCAGAAACUAAUGUAAUUGCUGUAUCUGUUGAGUAUCGAUUAGCUCCGGAGCACAAAAUUCCUGCGUGUUAUGAUGAUUCGUGGGUUGUUAUGAAAUGGGUCUCUCAGGGAAGUGAACCAUGGCUGAAAAGUUAUGCUGAUUUCUCCAGAGUUUUUUUGUCAGGUGAUAGCUCAGGAGCCAACAUUGCUCAUAACAUGAUGCUGCGAGCAAGUAUAGAUGAAGAUGAUAAACUUGAAGUUGGAGAUAGCUUAAACCUCGUUGGAAUGGCAUUGAUUCACCCCUAUUUCGGGAACAAUGAACCGGAUAGAAUUUGGUCGUAUAUUUGCCCUGAAAAUCCCAAUACCGAUGACCCUCAAUGCAAUCCAGCAGCACAUCCAAGUUUGUUAUCCAAGCUUGUUUGCUCCAACAUUCUGAUAUGCACUGCAGAGAAGGAUUUUAUAAGAGACAGAGGUUGGACAUACUAUGAGGCAUUGAAGAAAUGUGGAUGGAAAGGUGAAGUGGAGAUUAAGGAAACACAAGGGGAACGACAUGUUUUUCAUUUGAAUAACCCAACUUGUGAUAAAGCUAAGGUCUUGAUGAAAUGGCUGUCUGAUUUCUUUCAACAAUCAAGUUGAAUUGCUGCGUGUGGGGAAUUUUUG